AUGGAGAACCACCAUGAGACACAAAAUUGGUUCGAAAGAGCGAAGCCAUUCGUAGCUGUGGUAUCUAUCCAGCUUGGAUAUGCGUGUAUGGAUGUUUUAUCCAAGGCUGCAAUGAACAAAGGAAUGAGCAAUUAUGUAUUUGUCGUUUAUCGCCAUGCUGUUGCAUUCUUUGUCAUAGCUCCUUUCGCAUGGUUUUUUGACAAGAAAGUAAGGCCAAAGAUGACAUUAUCAAUUUUCAUGAAGAUAGCGGUGCUCAGUUUGCUAGAGCCAGUUAUUGACCAGAAUUUGUAUUUCUUGGGGAUGAAGUACACUACAGCAACCUUUGCAGCUACCAUGACCAAUAUCCUUCCUGCCAUUACCUUUAUUUUGGCAUUUAUUCUUAGGCUUGAGAAGAUAAAAAUAAAAAGUAUACGUAGCCAAGCAAAGGUGGUGGGAACUCUAGCAACUGUUUCUGGUGCCAUGGUCAUGACAUUGAUGAAAGGUCCAGUACUUUUUGGGUCACACCGAAGCAAUGAACACAGCCAGCAUAACGGGACAAAUACUCAACAUACAAUACUGGGAUCCGUGAUUAUCACAAUUGGAUGCUUCAGUUGGGCUUGUUUCGUGAUCCUACAAGCCAUUACCCUUAAAACCUAUCCUGCUGCGCUCUCUCUUUCCGCAUGGAUAUGCCUAUUGGGCACAAUUGAAGGGGCAGCUGUGGCUAUGGUUAUGGAAAGGGGCAACCUUUCAGUUUGGUCUCUAAAAUGGGAUUUGAAGCUGCUCUGUGCUGUUUACACUGGCAUAGUCUGCUCUGGACUGAGUUAUUACUUGCAAGGAGUAGUGAUGAAAACUAGAGGCCCAGUCUUCGUAACAGCAUUUAAUCCCCUCUGCAUGGUUAAUGUGGCUAUCAUGAGCUUCUUCAUUCUGGCUGAGCAAGUGUUCCUUGGAAGGCUGAUCGGCGCCGUUAUUAUUUGUUUGGGCCUGUAUGUUGUGGUGUGGGGUAAAAGCAAAGAUUAUAGCCCACCAAGUCCAAUUAUUCAAGAGCCCAUAUUGCCAGCCAAGGGCAAUGCUAGGAAGGAACAUUGCACUCACGAGGUCACCACCGUCACUAAUUUUGAAUCAGGAAUCGCAACUCGAGAAGAACAAGUAUGA